AUGGCUAUUGGUGACAAGUACACUCUCAGUUCUGGUGAAGAUCCUGACGUUUCAUUAAAUCGACAAGUAAAAUUAAUUUCGAAAGAAAGACACUCUGGCGUGUAUGCAGUUCAUCUAACAUUCAAAAAUGUCAAGUCGACACCAGUGAAAUUUGAUUACAAGGAAAUUGUUGAGAGUAAAAAUGCACAAUUCAAAAUUAUUCUCAAAGGAUCUGAUGAUCAACGAGCCCAAAUUCAAGUGACUACGAACGGUGUUCAAAUAGAGAACAAAAAUAAUACAACUGAUCAUCGUGGCAUGUUGGUAGCGAAUGGUGGCGAACAAAUCUUCGAAUAUGAAAUUCAUUUCAGCUAUCCUACACCAAGCAACACAUAUAGGAAAAGACGACGAGAAGAAUAA